AUGGCAGGAUUUGGGACUAUCGGGCUCGAAUUGUCGAAUACUGGCCACACGGAUGGAGCAAAGGGUUCCAUUGAUCUGGCAUUGGACGGGCAUCCGCUGUCACCCAUACCAACCGGCAAAACUUGCCACUUGCUGCUCGCAUUUCGUGAUGCGGAGGAGUUGGAGGUUGUGGCGCCAAGCCCUGAUGUUUUCAACUUCGGAAGAGACUUGCAGGUGUUUGCUCAUCAUUGUCCUCGACGCCUUACAGGGCCAAGUGCUGAAUCAGUGGGUGCUGGAAUCAAGACCAUUUGUGGCGUAGGGCAGCGAGUGUGGAUUGGAUGGUGUGGCUGCUUCGGCUCUUCUUCAGCUUCAAAGCUGGCUCCCAGCUUUGAGGGCCAUGACUGGCGCUCAGGAAGAAUUGAUGAGGUCAUCAAUUCUUCGCACGCCAUGGUCAGCCUGUCCACUGAGGAGAGGUUUGUGCUUCCUGCUUGGCAGUUGAUGCCGGCCAACGGUGAUGAGUUUGACGAUUUGGUACCGUGCCACGAAAUCGCAGUUCUGGAAGGACACCGAGGACAAAGCAAUGUGAGCUGGUGCCCUUCCGUAGCAGAGCUGGAGCGGGAGUUGGAGCGAUUUCCUCCCAAGUACCAGGACACGGGUGAUGUUUUCGAGGAGUAUCUUCACAAUGGCUCCCUGUCCCCGUCGCGACACCAGCUCGCGUUGAAGAGCUCGUCAGGAUUGAUGGAGUUGCACUACGACACCAUGAGGAAGCGUGCGAAAGACCGUGCAGCUCACCCGGUCCAGAAAAAGUUGCCCAGCAUGGACAGGGCAUACACCGCUUGCGCAGGAUACAGUGGUCUCAUUCCGGGCAAGAUCUCUGGCAACAUUGUCGGAUGCUCCUGGCAGGAGGGCAGCCGUCUAGCCCUGGAGACGCAGGGGCAAUUCUUCAAACCACCAAUGUCUGGACUUGUCUUCUCACUGAAAAGGAGGACCCUGAGCCGCAGUGCAUCACUGCCGGGCAUGGGUGGUAGCCUCUCUAAGACCAACGCCAGCACCUUGAAGCUGGAUGAUCGCACUGCGUUUCCUUGA